AUGUCAAACGAUGCACGUCAAAAAAAUUAUAAACAUCGAGGACUUGAUAGUGAAGAAUUACGUAAAAGACGUGAAGAUUUAAAUAUUACUUUACGUAAACAAAAACGAGAAGAACAACAUUUCAAACGACGAAAUUUAGCAAGUACAAAUGAACCUGAAAUUACAACUCCAUUUGGCGUCGCUGGUGCUGGCACUCAGCCCGCAGGACCUACAGAACCGGUCAUUACAAGUCAAAUGGUUGCGGCUUUAUUUGGUGAUGAUCCACAACAAAUGCUUGAAGCAACAAUUCGAUUUCGAAAAUUACUUUCUAAAGAACCAAAUCCACCUAUUGAUGAAGUUAUUACAGCCGGAAUUGUCCCUCGUUUUGUUGAAUUAUUAAAAUUUCAACAUUUUCAAAUUCAAUUUGAAGCUGCAUGGGCUCUUACAAAUAUUGCAUCAGGCAAUUCAAGUCAAACAAAAUAUGUUAUUGAUGCUGGUGCUGUACCAGUUUUUGUUCAAUUAUUAAGUAGUGCUAAUGAAGAUGUUCAAGAACAAGCUGUUUGGGCAUUAGGAAAUAUAGCUGGAGAUAGUCCUGAUUGCCGUGAUUAUGUUCUUGAUACAGGUGUACUUCAACCAUUAUUAAAUAUUUUUUCACGUAAUACACGUUUAACAAUGGUACGAAAUGCUGUAUGGUGUUUAUCAAAUUUAUGUCGAGGAAAAAAUCCAGCUGUUGAUUUUAAUAAAGUUGCUCCAGCAUUACCUGUACUUAGUCGUUUACUUUAUAAUCUUGAUUCGGAUGUAUUAGCUGAUACAUGUUGGGCUAUAUCAUAUUUAUCUGAUGGACCAAAUGAAAAAAUUCAAGCCGUUAUUCAAGCUGGUGUAACAACAAGACUUGUGGAAUUAUUAGCACAUCCAGUAUUAAAUGUUCAAUCAUCAGCAUUACGUGCUGUGGGAAAUAUUGUUACAGGUGAUGAUCAACAAACACAGCUUGUACUUGAUGCUGGUGUACUUCCACAUUUAUUAACAUUACUUCAAAGUCCAAAAGAAUCAAUUAAAAAAGAAGCUUGUUGGACAUUAUCAAAUAUAACAGCUGGUAUUCAAAGUCAAAUUCAAGCUGUUAUUGAUGCGAAUAUAUUUCCAUCAUUAAUUAAUAUUCUUAAACAUGGUGAUCAUAAAACACGAAAAGAAGCUGCUUGGGCUGUAACAAAUGCAACAUCAGGUGGUACACCACAACAAAUAAAAUAUGUAAUUGAUCAAGGAGCAAUACCACCAUUAUGUGAAUUAUUAAGUGUUUCAGAUACAAAAAUAAUUCAAGUAGCUUUUAAUGGUUUAGAAAAUAUUCUUAAAUUAGGUGCAGCUGAAGCUAAACGAACAAAUGGACCUAAUCCAUAUGCAAUUAUGAUUGAAGAAUGUUUUGGUUUAGAUAAAAUUGAAUAUUUACAAAGUCAUGAAAAUAUUGAAAUUUAUCAAAAAGCAUUUCAUAUUAUUGAAACAUAUUUUGGUGUUGAUGAAGAAGAAAAUCUUCCACAACAAGGAGAAUCAGGACCAUUUGAAUUUGGUACAACAAAUAAUAAUAAUCAAGUAACAUCAACAACAAAUGGACAAAUGAAUACAACAACUGGUGUGAAUACAAAUCAACAACAACAACAACAACAACAACCUGCACAAGGACCAUUUCAAUUUUAA